AUGGUAUCCUAUGAUUUUGGAAAGGAUGCAAGUAAAUGCAAAAGUGGAGGCGAUUCGAAGAAGAUUGUCCUGAGAUUGACGGAUCCUGACGGAACGGCACUUGUUUUCAAGGUCAAGAGGAAUGUAACGUUCAGGAAAGUACUGGAGGCGUUUUCAAAGAAUGUUGGAAAGAGCAGUGAGGAGUUCAGAAUGGUGCACAAUGGAAAGAACCUCCGAGAUCUUGGAAUGACGCCUGAUGACCUCGGGUUUUCUGGAAAUGAAGAGAUUGAAGUGUUUACGUCACAAGAAGGAGGCAGCUACAUAUAA